AUGCCAAACUCCCCAACUGUGGAGAUGGAAGGAGAUUCGGUUGGUGAUAAUCAAAUAUCAUCCCCAUCUUCCAAGCGAUGCAAGAAGUCCAAAGCCACUUGUGCAUGCACCCUCACGAAGGCAAAACCUCCCCAUGUGACACCUGGGGGCCACAACCAAAUGAAAGAAGCUGCAGUACCAGAGAACAAGGUGAAAGGUCCACAGGACGAUGGCAUUGUACCCGAGACACCACCUUGCAACUCACCUGAACCGGGCUUCCAGCAAGGAUGUGGGCCACAACUCCCUGAUGACCCAGAAAACGAUGUCUUCAUGGAGCAAGCCAUUCCGGAAUCACAUAUGCCAAUGGUCAUCCCUCCAAUUAGGCUCAUCCAUCCAACACCACAUAGUACUCCCCUCAAAGUUCAACCAGUGUUAAAGACCAAUGGAAGUACGCACCUCACUGUGAACGAAGGUCCAACAUCCUGGGCACCGUUGGAGGCACCGUCAUCCCUAUCAAGCCUAAGCGGUGAGCCUCCCACCUUUGACACCUUGUUCAGGUGUGCACAAAACUCAGUGUGGUGGGCUGCAUUGAAAAUGUUGCCAGUGGUUCAUUUGAAGGUGCUAAUGGAAGAAAACAUUGAACUCCUAGUCAACAUCGACAUCAUUGCCCUGCAUGUUACCGAGAAGGAGCCACCUCCUGAAGUCUUAGAUGUCGCUCAACACUGGAGAAUGAUUAGUGCUGUCAUAUCCUGGAAUCCCGACCCCGCGCACUCCCACCACAUCACACCUUCCUAA